CCACAAGAUAGCAUCUGAAUCUAUUGAAAGAACAGUUAUCAUGCCUUUUGGUUUGGUGGCAGCGUGGAACAAGCGACGAAGAAGCAGGUCCGAGGAUCAGCUAAAUCCUUGGAUAUAUAAAUCUGUGGAGUGUUGGAAAAUUGAAGACCAGAAUCCACCUGCAAAAAGACACCAUGGAUCAUCAGUUUUCACACUCAAGGAAAUGGAGGAGGCAACAAAUUCUUUCAGCGAUGACAAUCUACUUGGGAAAGGAGGAUUCGGUCGAGUUUAUAAGGGCACACUGCGGUCUGGAGAGAUUGUAGCAAUCAAGAAAAUGGAUCUACCUUCAUUCAAAGAGGCAGAAGGAGAGCGCGAGUUUCGUGUGGAAGUCGAUAUUUUGAGCAGACUGGAUCAUCCCCAUCUUGUACAACUAAUAGGCUAUUGUGCAGAUGGGAAGCACAGAUUUCUAGUUUACGAGUAUAUGCACAAGGGAAAUCUUCAAGAUCAUUUGAAUGGAAUUGGAGAAGUGAAGAUGGAUUGGCCCUUAAGGCUAAAGGUAGCUAUUGGGGCAGCAAGAGGACUUGCAUAUCUUCAUUCAAGUUCAGCUGUUGGGAUUCCUAUAAUUCAUAGGGACUUCAAAUCCACCAACAUUCUUUUGAACACCAAUUAUGAAGCAAAGAUAUCAGAUUUUGGUCUUGCAAAGUUGAUGCCAGAAGGCCAGGAAACAUGUGUGACAUCUAGGGUACUUGGUACUUUUGGCUAUUUUGACCCUGAAUACACACUGACGGGGAAACUCACUUUACAAAGUGAUGUUUACGCAUUUGGUGUUGUUAUGCUGGAGCUUUUGACCGGACGCAGGGCCGUUGACCUCACCCUUGGACCAAAUGAUCAGAAUUUAGUACUACAGGUAAGGACCAAAAUUAUUAUCAUAGCAGCAAAAAUGAAAAUUGGUUCCAAAUUUUUUCAGUAUAGGACAUUAACUGCUAUGAGGAUAUCGCAGGUCAGGCAUAUAUUGAAUGAUAAGAAGAAGCUGCGCAAGGUGAUUGACCCUGAGAUUAACAGGAGCUCAUACACUAUGGAGUCUGUAACCAUGUUUGCUAAUCUAGCCUCUCGUUGUGUGCGAGCCGACAGUAGUGAAAGGCCCUCAAUGGUAGACUGCGUCAAAGAACUGCAGCUGAUCCUCCACACAAAUAUGAAAGGGCUAAGCAUGCCUAUGCAUACAUUCAGAAUGAUCUGAAACCUUCUGAGAUUGACAUGGAUGAAGCAAAUUCUAAUCACAAUAUGCACCAAGAUCGAUUGUUCCAAUUCAGAAGUUACAAUAUCAGCUAAAAGUUUCAAAUGUACAUUGGAAAGAGUAAUGAGUAUGGUAGGAUACUGUAAGCUGUCAAAGUAAUAAAAAGAACAUCCAGAUUCAACCAGAAGAUCACAAGUUUUCUUAAUAAUUUAAUAGAUAGAAAGGGCGACUCUGAGUAAAACAAUUAUUUUUCUGGGCAGCUCACCUCUGCUCAAACACAUUAGUGCAAAGAUCUGAUUAUGUAUGGAUUCCUUUCCCAAAUAAUAGAAUCAAUGGUGUGGAUUUUGGGUCACAUGAACUGAAUUUCAUCAGAAGACUACUUAAGUUUACAGUUAAAUAGGUAGUUGUGACAACAUUUUCAUGUUUCAUCCUCACACAUCAGAGAACUAAAACUAAGCGUUUGCUUGGCGGUUUUGCUUCUACAAACAGAUCUCUAAAGUUUGACAUAAUACCGGGAAAAGUUAACCUCUGGCGCUAUACAAAUACAUGUGUAGAAAGCCGAAGACAACUAUCCCUGGUGUUCAAAGGACACAUUUUUCCUUAAGAAUAUGGAAGAAUAAGAAGUAAUGUUCACCACUAAUACAAUACUAAAGUUUAAUAUCUAAGUUUCAGCUCGAGUUCAGAUGAUAAAAAGGAAACAAAAGAGUGGAUCAAGUUUGAGUAUGUACAUGUACAAACAAGGCGGAAAGAUAGUUUAGAGAUAUAUCCAAAAGAGCAAAAAGUUCAUGUAAAAAGGGUUGGAAAAUA